AUGUCAUCUCCUAGCUUCAAGCCUGUCACUGAGACUCCAGGGCCGUAUAAAUCCCUGUUUAAUCCAGAUGAAAUAAUACAAAGCAACCAAGAAGCUCAAGCUGCUGCUAUUAGGCGAAUUUCGUCAUACUCCAACUUCGGAGAUGACGAGAUAAUAGAUAAUGAUGACGAGAGUGGUAGUGAAGGGCGUGAUUACAAGAGCGAAGGUGCAGAGAUACCAUAUACCAGCGACCAUGAUCCCUUUGAAGAAGCAUACGAACCUCCAUCUUCACCUGAAAUGGUGGAAGGAGUUUCUACGCGUCUGAACAAAUUUCACGGGCCACCCUCUACCUGGAGAGGCUGGACUGAACGAGAGCGUCAUGACUUUGCUGCGUUGGAAACCAUCCGCUCACGAGAUCUCUCUAUUCAUCUAUAUAAUUCGUUCAUGCUUAAGAAGGCAGCAAAGGAAGCAAAGGCUAAAAAUUUAGCACACUCUAUGCUUAAUGGAACCCCGAGCGAAGAGAAGCCUCAUUCUGCGUCUCUCUUUGCUCCCAGCAGAGGCUGGGCCGCUUGGCCCAUGCCAGUAGAUGAAGUUCCAAGAGCCGAUGAACGUAUAAAUAGAGAUUCUGACGAUGCCUGGACCUUAAGAAUGGCCCCUGAUGAUAGACCCAGCGCGGAAUUAGAAGAAUGUCUCAUUUCACAUAUGAUGAAGAGCUCUAGAGAAAGGUUUGAGGCAAGACCGUGGGAUUGGCGGGGUGCUCGACGGUUUGAAAGAGAAGGAUCACCAGAAGAAAACGAUAAUCAAAGCUUGACUACCAAGGAAGAAAGCGAGUUUAGUGAUUUUCAUUUACCCAGACCUAAACUGCGCCCCGUUGUACAGACCGAUGAUGAUAAGUCUAGGAGGCUUCUUCGCCCGGAGGCUCGAAAUAUCAUAGGAAAGCUCGAUGACCUCUUACUGAGUCUCCAAGAGGCGCGAAGCACAUACUCUAGUAUGCCUCAGGGGUUGAUUAACGAGUCCAAAAUACCGAAUCUAAGGGCCAGAAACAGCGCUUACCACAUAAACACUACCAGCCCGCCAAAUCGCAGAAGCAACCCUAGUUCUGAGGCAGGAUCUGAGAACGAGAAAGAUGAUGAUGACGACAGUGCCUCUAUCUCACCUUCGCGAGGCCUUGAAAACAAUGUAGAGGGGUUCAGGACAUUUCCGCCCACCGAUUUAAGUCCCCAAAAGCAACCUGUACGUUUUGGGCUUCGUGACUGGAGUGAGAUUAUUGGUGUGGCCUCCUUAACCGGAUGGCCAGCCGCUGCUGUCAUGAGAGCUUCCCGGCGGUGUGCGGACCUCUUUGGAGAAGAUCAGGUAUUUAGAACCAUGCAUGAAGGCACAGUGCGGCUUGGAAGAGCUGAGGAUGGCAUGCCUUGUUGGAGACACGCUGAGUCGGAUCAGUCGGAGACCGACAGUACUUUGGCAGAAGGCCGACCAACCUCAAGAGGCAUCGAUAACCCAAAACAAGAUGCAAAAUACUGCCCUAUUACGGGAUGUUCUCGCCAGCUGAGAGGAUUUUCUAGAUCAUGGAAUCUGAACCAACAUCUUAAGAACGCACACUCUGAUCUUCUGGCAGAAUCAAAGAUCCAGCUCGUGAAGCGGGCUUAUAAAUGA